CAUCGUCCACUCUUCUUUUCUGCGACCGCCGUUGACAGCGGUCAUUGACAUGGUGAUUUUGGUUCGGGAGACCGGGUGUUGCCAUGGAUGUUGGGCGCUUUUCCGAGGGCCGUCGGGGAAGAGCAACGAAGGACACCAUGCCGUUGUUGUCCAAGAGAGUGCGGAGCUGACGGAACAAACCCAGCCUGUGGAGCCGCUGUUGAGCUUGGAGGCUCGGAUCGCCGCGCGGCAGGACGAUGCAGAGAGUUUGGAGCUGCUCACAAGUGUGUUGAGGCGCUCCAUCCGUGGGCUCGAUGAGCAGGGCCGCAGCUUGCUCUUCUACGCGGUGCGUGGAAACCGCGACGACGGAGGCAAAGCGCAGGCCUCGGCCGCGGCGGUCGCAAAGAAGCUGCUAGGUGAUGCGGCUCAGUGGGAUGAAGUGCCCAGAUACCUGGUGAAGAGACACCACUUCGAUGUGAACUUUCAAGCCCAGAAGACGGGCUUCACCCCUCUGAUGGAGGCCACUCGCUUUGGAAAUCUCUUCGGCGUGGAGCUGCUCCUAGAGCUUCGUGCGGAUGUGAACCUGCAGAGCGUGCGAGGAGAGACGGCGCUGGACGUGGCGCGGGGCAAAGUGCUUGAGCACCUCGACUUGAAGGAGAUGCAGUGCUCGGAGAACCGCCUGGAGAUGGUGAAGGAUCGGGUGGAGAGCGACAAGCUGCGGAUCGCUGAUCUCCUGAGGAACGCGUGAGGAA